AUGUCAUCCAAGAUUCCAUCUUUAAUUCGCCCCACAAAUUUAAGAAAGCCAUCUGCAAUUUCUAAUCAAAUAAAUUCGGGUACUAACGGGUUUCUGAGCGAAGCAAAACAUAGCCUAAAUAAGGAGAAGAACUUAAAGAAUGAAAACAAAGAAAACUAUUUGUUGACUAGUAAAUUGAAUUCUCAAGCUACCAUAAGUUUUAAAGUACCUAGAGUUGCUUAUUUAUCAGAUAGGUCUCAAAAUAAUAUUUCGUCAACUGGAAUCAAGUAUUCAUCAAAAAUUAUCGCUAGAAGAGAAUCAUCAGAUAAUCAAUGUAAUCGCAACAAUAAAUCUCAAAAUAUUUUAAAUCAAAAUAUUGGGAAAUCGAAACCAAGUGUAAAAAGAAAUGAUAGAAAUGAUAUUAAAUACCUAAGCAUCAGACAACAAAAUUUGAUAAGAGAAAGGGAAUUAAGACUCGAAAAUACUAAAUUAAAAUUAGAAGAAAUUGACAAUAAGCAUGAUCAAGAACUACUGUUUAGUGGUUUAAUUGAAUCUGAACUUAAACUCCAGUUGGAGUAUCUUGAUGAAAACAACUACAGAUAUAUGGAAGAAAUCAAAACAAUACAAGAGUUUGAGAAAACAUUGAUAUGUGAAAUAGCAAAUCUGGAAAAUCAAUUCAAUGAAAUGGAAUUUGCUUUCUCAAACUUGAGGGAUAUAAACACUAUUAAAAGUUUAAAUGAUAAUUUUAAAUUACAGAAUUUGGAUAUUGAACAAACAAUUCAAUUAUUACAUAGAGAAAUUUCAGAAUGUGAUAAUUCUAUUAAAUUUUAUGAGCUAGAAGGCGAUGAUGGAGAGUUAAUAGUUAAAAACUUAAGAGUUCCAUUUAAUAAAUCUAUAGAGUAUGCCUUAAAUUUAGAAAAGUUGUUACAAAAUGACAAAUUACUAAUCAAUCAACUUCAAUUUAGGUUACAUAAACUUACAAAAAGUCCCAAGUUUAUUUGUAGAACAUAUUCUUCUGAAAUACCGCAAUUAUCAAAAGUUCAUAUUUCUAUUCCUCCAUGCGAAAACAAAAAUACAAUUUCUUACAGUUUCGAGGAGAAUAAUAAUUUUAAGCAGUUCACUACUCAAAAAGAUGAAAAAUAUAUUGGAAAGGACAGCUUAAAAUUAGAUAUUGACAUUGGGAAAUCUCAAUUUAGUAUUGGCAAAGAAAUAAUUAGAUUUGACAAGAUAAUUGAAUUUGAUGAUACAAAGAGACCUUCUUCAUUACUAUUAACCGACUUAUCGAAAAUUGAUCAACAAAUUUCAGAUAUUAUUGAGAAAAUCGAUGAACCACAAACAAAUAUGGUUUUCCAACCAAAAAUUAACAAUACAAACAAUAUAAUUAGAAGACAAUCAUUAUUGCACUCAAAAAUGGACUUUGAGCUUAAGAAAAAUUCUUCAUUUAAUAUAGAUUCACCAAAUAAUAUAGAUGAAAAAAGUACAUACUACUUAGUAGAUAUCAAUGAGCAAAAAGAAGUUGAAAUGGACAUAUUACUAUUAAUUAAUGAUUUUUUCAAUAGCAUUAAAUUAAUAUUUAGUGAAAAGAACGAUUUAAAUGAUAAAUCAAAAAGAAAUACAAGUCACAGUUUUGAGGUGCCCUCCAUUUUUAUUGCAAAUAUUGGCUCAAAUUCUACAGCAUCAAGGCAAACUUUCUGGGGGACAAAUAAUGGCAGGUUAGUGUUAAUUAAUGAUGGAAUCAGUGAGUAUACCGAAAGAUACAAGAUCAAAAAUCUUGACAACAAAAUUCCGGGGAUUCUCCAUUCAGUAAUAUACCAAAUAUAUCAAAAUAUUAAUCACUCAUCAUUAUUUAAUUGGAAGUUGAGUGCGACUAUAUUAAUGCAGAAAUCAAUUUAUAAAAGUGAAAAUGUUGAAAAUGACUUCAAUCACGUAGAUUCUAGAAUAAAGCAACUAUGUAAUAAUGGGAAACCAUUAGUAUUCAAUGGGGGUUUAACCGGCUAUGUUAAUCCAGAACAAAAAUGUUUUUCUGAUAGCUUUACUCCAUUUAAUUAUCACUUAAGAUCAAACAAUAACAAUGAUAGCUCAAGAGAGAUUCAUUGUAGCGACCCCAUUUAUAAAUCGGAAACUAUAACCAAUUGUGAGUUUAAACAUUCUGAUGACUUUAUUUCUCAAAUAUACAAAGAGAUACAGGCGUUAUCUCCAAACUUUUUAGGUUCAAUCAAUGCAUAUUUUUUGAAUGAGGAAGAACUUGCAAACUUAUCUGAAGAACAUCCGGUUUUCCACUGUAUUAUAAUUCUGAAAAUAGAAGCAAUAACCUUAAAUUCCUCAAUUUCUUCAAACAUAGUCCUUACUGAUUUCUGUAUAGAUGAAAAUGGCGCCGCUGACAAUAACAUUGUCGACUACCUUUCUAUUGUAAAAGGCAAUCGUGUUAACAACAAAUUUAUGGACAAUAUCUUUCAGUUAAGAAUAAAUCACCAGACUGAGCCUUUAAUUUAUACGCUUGUUCAUUCAAAUAUUUAA